GAGGCCAUGGAUCACAUUGGGAUACUAGGAGCGCAUCUGCAGCAGCAUACGCACGUGGAGCCCAUCAGCUUCGGCAUCGAUCAGAUCCUCAGUAACGUGGAGCAGAGCUGCAUGCUGGGUGCGAGGAUGCACGAGCCGGACUACGGACACCCGGUGUACAACAACGGCGCUAACAGCGGCCUGAACGGCGGCGGCUUCACCUGCGGUAACACCGGAUAUAACGGCACCAACAGCUCUUGCGGGGUCGCUUCCCUCGGCGGGGCUUAUCACAUGAACAUGGGUGUGAAUAUGAACGGGACUAAUGUGAACGCCGCCGGGGUCAUCCGUGUCCCCGCGCACCGGCCUCUGAGCGGCGGGAACACCUCAGUGCCGCCGGGAAGCGGCACCAUCAACAACCUGACCGCGCUCACCUUCCCCUGGAUGGAGAGCAACAGACGCUACACCAAAGACAGGUUCACAGUGUCUCUCUCACCCCUCACUGUAACACGUCGUGUAGGUCAUCCCUACCAGAACCGGACGCCACCUAAGAAGAAGAAGCCUCGGACAUCCUUCACUCGGCUGCAGAUCUGCGAGCUGGAGAAGCGCUUCCACCGACAGAAGUACCUGGCGUCUGCUGAGCGAGCCGCCCUCGCCAAAGCCCUGAAGAUGACUGACGCUCAGGUCAAAACCUGGUUCCAAAACAGACGCACCAAAUGGAGGCGGCAGACGGCGGAGGAGCGGGAGGCGGAGAGGCAGCAGGCCAACCGGAUUCUCAUGCAGCUGCAGCAGGAGGCCUUCCAAAAGACCAUCAACCAGCCGCUGACACCGGACCCGCUGUGCCUGCAGAACAGCUCUCUGUUCGCCCUGCAGAACCUGCAGCCCUGGACCGAGAGCACCGGCAAGAUCAGCAGUGUGUCGGCCUGCGAGUAGAGCCAGCACAAACACACACGGCCUCCAGCUGCGUAUGUGCGCCGGCUCCGAGUGACUGCUGGAGGGCAGCGAAACGGGCUGCAGCCCGCUGAGGGGCUCCGUGGAGGGGCGGCUCCGGUGCAGGACACUGUCUGAUAGAUCUCUGAUCCAGGGUCUUCUCCCUGCUCUUAUUAUCUCCCACCUUCUAUCAGACAAGACAACUAACACGCUCUUAGAUGGGGUCCCUCAGCACUAACUCUCAUCUAAUGAGGGUCCACAGUCUGAUCUGGAUCCCUUCAGAGGUCCUGGACUGAAUCCUUCCUUCAGCCCUGCAAAGACAUGACUGACUUUUUGGAAAUAUUUUUGGAGGCAAGAAGCCCGUCAGAGGAUCACGCACAGACUAGCUUCAG